UGGAUAUGAGUUAAAGUGAACCAUGUUGAACGGGACCGCAGACCGCGGCGGCGUAUCGCUGCAGUCGUCGCCUGUGAAAGUCUCCACAUCACCAGUUAGGGCAUCUCCUAGCCCAGUGAGGGCGCCACCGUCGCCUCUAAAGUCCUCUUUGUCCAGUGGAAGGCAAAGCUCUCCUCGGCGAUGCCAGUUUGCAGCACCAGUAGAGGAUGCUAGGGAUAAGUGCGGCACCUCGUGGCUUUGUAGGAGAGGGGCGGGAGUAGGGGAGGAGUCGGAACCUGAAAGGUCGCCGGGGCCAAGCGCACCUUUGCCCCAGGGGUGUGAGGACUCCGCGCCUCCGGCGAAGAACUGCUACAGACUGGUCAUGUUGGGUUCCGCACGAGUUGGCAAGACUUCUUUAGUGGCGCGGUUCCUGGGCACCAAAUUCGAAGACUGCUACACACCCACCAUUGAAGAUUUUCAUCGAAAGCUGUACAGGAUCCGCGGGGAGGUCUACCAGCUGGACCUUCUGGAUACGUCGGGAAACCAUCCCUUUCCCGCGAUGAGGAGGCUUUCGUUUCUUACUGGUGAUCUCUUUGUGCUGGUCUUCGCGAUGGACAGUCGCGAGUCGUUUGAGGAGGUGAUCCGUCUUCGGGAGCAGAUCCUGGAGACGAAGGCCAGCGCGACGAGCGGCAGCAGUCGGGGGCGACGGCAGAUGCCCAGGGUACCGAUGGCGAUUGCAGGGAACAAGUGCGACCGGGAGCUGAAAACAGUCCAACCCGAGGAAGCGACGGCGUACUGCACAACCCAAGACUCGGCGUGCGUCUUCGUCGAAACAUCGGCGAAGAAAAACUACCGAGUCGAUGACCUCUUUUACGAGCUGUUUGUAGUCGCAAACCUUCCCUUAGAAAUGGCACCGAACCACCACAAACGCGUGAGCACCGCCUUCGGGAGCCCCUGUACCCUCCCUCCCACUAGUAGCCAAAGCAAUAGGAGUAAAAAGUGCACCCUCUCAAUAAAAAGGAGAUUGUCGGACGCGUGCGGCGUCGUCGCUCCAAACGUGCGACGGCCCAGCAUCCGCACCGACCUUAUGAUAAUGAGAACAAAGACUUGUGCCAAAGGAGACGGAGACAGCGCCAGCGGCAGUCCCAAAAUCAACCUGAACAGACUGGUCCGGCCGAGCGGGCAGAACGAGAAACGCUCCUGCGUCAUACAGUGAUAUAUAGAUAUUACAAUAUUGGUAAAAAUCUCAGGACGAGUACGCAACAGGUGCUAUAAGUCAUAAUUAUUGGCCGGCUAAGGAAACGACCGUAAAUACCCCAUUAGAAUAAAUUGAACGAUCCGUAGGAAUAAUCAGAGACGGCACAAUUUACAUAAUUCCAAUGAACUCAAUCCGAUGGCGAAUAAACGUUUAAUUAAAUAUUGAAACUCGAUUCCGAAGGCUUUGUUGAGACGAUUUAAAAUUACUUAAUGGGCUCGGGAGGGACUGAGUUGCUUUACGAUGCAAGUUUGUCGUGUUGAAUAAAUGAUACAAAUUGUUGUCGAGCUUCAGAUGUGUUAUGAAGUUUUAAAAUAAGGCCGCGAUCGCUCCAAGCGAACGGUUUCCGAUGACUGCUGUUUGAAAAUCAAAGGUAUUGUUUCAGAUUGAACUACCUUCUAUUGCAAAUUGGUUCCAAUCUGAAUGAGUGUGAGUUAAAAUAGCAUCGACGUAGCGUACACUCUCUUUAAUUAUAUUGGGCGCUGAUUCAAGGCAGUCAGCCGAAAAUUGUUUCGCUGAAGUGGUAGCGGCUAAAAAUGUUUAAUGGAUUAUAAAUUAUUAAAAUAUUUACUCUGUUUCUUUAUAUUAUUUCUCACUUCGAAAUUUCUAUUCUAUAUUUAUCGCUGAAAAUCUUUAAAAUGUAAGAAGAGGUUUAAAAAAUAAUUAUCAUUGUUAUGAUGGGACCAAAUCGAAAUUUCUAUAUUUUGUUUGUGAUUGUUUGUUGCUUAUUGGACAUAUGAUAAUUUGUGGAAUAUUUUAUGGUCUCCUAUUAUAUAACCUGACAUAAUUUUGGUGAGUCCAAUCACAAAGUUCACAGUUUAUGUCGAAAGAAAUAGGUAUAUAGAAAUGUAUGAGUCUUUGAUAUUUAUGAAUUAGAUUCUAUAUGUGUUAUAUACUGUUUAUUGGUGGUAGUAUGGCUUACCAUUACGCGAGCGGCAUGCAGGCCUCGUCCUUCAAUUUCAA